AUUUGCAGAGGGAUCCACCUGCACAGUGCUCAGCGGGACCAGUUGGAGAUGAUUGUAAGUAGGGAUGAGCUAGUGGAUAAAUCCUUUAUAUUAAUAACAUCAAUGACAUUUGCCAUGUCGGAAUGUUUUUAAAACAGUUAGUGCCAGUUUGUCAGACAUUCAGUAUUGCAUACGCAAUACUUACAUUUAGGCAACUUUUGAUGGGCAACCACGCGAUGGGCGAGGCUGUGACAUUGUUCUGUAUUAAUUGUAACCCAUUUGUAAUUUUAUUUAGUGUUUCACUGGCAGGCAACAAUAAUGGGUCCGGUAUGUGAUUUAAUUUCCCUUUCUCUUAUUAGCAUAUAGCUUAGCAUCAAUAAGCUUUAAGGGUAUUCUUAUCCUCUUUCUAAACAUGUUUUUCUUUUAUUAUUUUAGAAUGACAGUCCUUAUCAGGGAGGGGUGUUCUUCUUGACUAUUCACUUCCCUACAGAUUACCCCUUCAAACCACCAAAGGUGAGUAAAAAAGCACAUAAGAUCAGUUGACAUUAGGAAACACAAUUCAUAGUGCUAGAAGUAAGUGCUGGUUUAUAAAAUACUUAAUUAAAUUGCAGGUUGCGUUCACGACAAAAAUCUACCACCCUAAUAUCAACAGCAAUGGAAGUAUUUGUCUGGAUAUAUUGAGAUCGCAAUGGUCGCCUGCACUCACUGUAUCAAAAGGUAAGCCCCUGUGAAUGUUGGUAUAGGAUCUGACAUGGGGUUGGAAUGUAAUAUUUCCUGGCAUUACAUGCAGUAUAACUAUAUGUUACAUAAUAAUAAUAAUAAUAAUAUUUAAAUAUAAUGCAAAAGACCCUUGGAUUACAUGACAACCAGACAGAAUAUUAUCUCUCUCUUAUUUUAGAACUGUGAGCAUACAAAUUUAGGUGGUUUGUUGAAAAGCAGUAAUUUAAUAUUUUAAGAGUAGGCCUAACAUUUUAAAUAAACCAUUGUUUGAUCUAGUCAAUGUCUCUCCUGGUAAUAAUGUACAAUACAAUUAGGGAUCAAAUUCAGCAAUCCAUUAUUGUGUUUAGUGUUUUAUUUUCUACUUCAAAUAGUGUCAGAAUAAUAAAUAUUUAAUUUUUAGACUUGAAAAGGGCAAUCAUCAUGUGCCACUUUAUAGCUCUCAGAUAAAGAGGUGGUCAACAGUAACUGUUGUCAUAGCAAUAUGGAUGUGAGCUGUGUGUAGAUGUAUUAAAGGCUCAUGGUUCCCCUUAAAGAAAAUGCACGGAUAAUUGGCUUACUUUUUGGAUAAUAAAAUAUAUUAGAUAUUAUUUUUGUUGUCGUGUGAGUGUGUGUGCAGCUGGAGGGGGUUUAGAUGUAGCUAUCCAAAGUUGAUUUUUUUUAUUUUUUUUCCAUUUAUUAGUUCUCUUGUCAAUCUGCUCUCUGCUUUGCGAUCCGAACCCAGAUGACCCGCUUGUACCAGAGAUUGCACACACCUACAAAGCUGACAGGGAA